ACUACUGCAACACCCUGCACACUGGGAUUAGUCAAUUGUCCCUGUCCUGCCUGCAACUGGUCCAGAAGGCCGCAGCCAGGCUCCUGACAGGAUGUCUCUCCUCCAGAGUCUCAUCUCUCAGGUGCUCAGCUGGACUUGCCUCUGUCAGGUCCUGGUGGUGGUCAGUACAGGACUGGUCACUCUGGUUGCAGUUUGGACGGCGAGGCUGUUGGCCCGACACGCCUGGUACAUGCACAGGCUUUCCUGCUUCAGCAAACCUCCUACACACUCUUGGCUGAUAGGCCACCUGGGCCAGAUGCGGAGUACAGAGGAAGGUCUCCUCCGGGUGGAUGACUUGGUGCAGACAUACACACACUCUUGCAGCUGGUUCCUCGGUCCUUUCUAUCACCUGGUCAGACUCUUCCAUCCGGACUACGUCAAACCUCUGCUGAUGGCACCUGCCAGCAUCACAGUGAAAGAUGAGCUUAUCUACGGGCAUCUGCGUCCAUGGCUCGGACAGAGUCUGUUGGUAAGCAACGGAGAGGUGUGGUCCCGCAGGAGGCGGCUGCUGACUCCAGCUUUUCAUUUUGAUAUUCUGAAGAAUUACGUCAUCAAGUUCAACACUUCAGCUGACACCAUGCAUGAGAAGUGGCGGCGCUUGGUGGCAGAAGGCACGACCAAUUUAGAGAUGUUUGACCACAUCACUCUAAUGACCCUGGACAGUUUAUUGAAAUGCGCCUUUAGCUACAACAGCAACUGUCAGCACUCCACCAGUGAGUAUGUGUCAGCCAUAGUGGAGCUGAGUGAUCUGAUAAUAGACCGGCGCCAGAAGAUUUUACACCACUGGGACUGGAUUUACUGGAGGACACAGCAGGGAAAACAGUUCAAAAAGGCCUUAAGCAUUGUACACAGGUUUACCAGGGAAGUGGUGCAGCGGCGCCGUGCCCUCAUCAACCAACAGAUGGAGACAGAAUCACAAUCUAAUCUCACCACAGCAGCACAGAGGAAGAAAGAUUUUGUGGACAUCAUACUGCUGACAAAGGAUGAGGACGGACAAGGCUUAGCAGACGAGGAGAUACAAGCUGAGGCCAACACCUUCAUGUUUGCAGGUCAUGACACCACAGCCAGUGCGAUUUGCUGGACACUGUAUAAUUUAGCACGCCACGCUCACUAUCAGGAAAGAUGCCGACAGGAAGUAAUGGAUCUGAUGCAGGGACGAGACAAACAUGAAAUAGAGUGGGAGGAUCUGUCCAACCUUCCCUUCACCACCAUGUGCAUCAGAGAAUCUCUCAGGCUGCACUCUCCUGUACAGGCUGUAACGAGGAAGUACACCCAAGACAUGGCGCUACCAGAGAGUCGGACAGUACCACAUGGAGCUAUCUGUCUGGUCAGUAUUUAUGGUACACACCACAACCCUGCUGUCUGGACGGAUCCACAUGAGUUUAAUCCUCUGCGUUUUGACCCGACCAACACAGAGGGCCGAGCUUCUCAUGCUUUCAUCCCCUUCUCCUCAGGCCCCAGGAACUGCAUCGGUCAGAAAUUCGCCCUGGCAGAGCUUCGAGUCGUCGUGGCGUUGACGCUGCUCAGGUUCCGCCUGGCCCCGGGAGUGGACCCCAAACUUGGGAGCAGUUCUGGGGACGUUCGCCGUCUCCCCCAACUCGUCCUGCGUGCCGAGGGAGGCCUGUGGCUGCAGCUGGAGAACUUGGAGGAACCGCAGGAGGAAUGAUGCAGCAAGUUGCCGUGUUCACAACAAAAAAGGCCUCACACCUGGGAGUUUGUAAAGUGCUCUUCUUGUCAGUUUAUAAUUGGAUUUUUUAAAAUACUACUGUAAAGAUGUAAAACAGUGUAAUAUGUUUUACAUCUACUGUACUGUGCUGUAUGCAAUACACUGUUCAGAAACUAUUUUUAAUGUAUUAAGUUUUGUUUAAAUAAAUCCUAAGUUGAAAAAACAUGUCCCCCUGCUUAAAAUCUCCUCUACAGAAAAAAAGAGACUUGUGAAGUUCAAAUACAGGUUUAGGACAAAUAAAAACUUGA